GCUGGGUGCGAGUGUGCCCGCUGUGUUCUGUCUCGGCACAGGAGCAAUGCCAGCACUGCACGACCACAGAUGGCGCAUCACAAUGGACCAUUUCUGCAUGAAGAAUGGGUUCAUGAGGCCCCUUUGCUGGGGCAUCGAGGUUGCAUUUUGACUUGUUAGCCACCUGGGAUGCAGUCUGGUGCCCGUGUUUGGAUUCAGAACAUAUUUCACUAGGAGUGAUAACAUCAGGGGAGACCAGCUCCCAUGCUGCCCCUGGGACUGGAGUUCAUUCAUUCAGCAAAUCGGUACCUGGAUGUGCCAGGUGCAGCAGCGGGUGCAAGGGAUACAGCAGCGAGCAGACAGACGGAGACAGCGAAAGCCAGAGCUCAGGACGACGUGAUGAUGCCUCAGAGGGUGAGGCUGCAACAUGCAGCUGCUGUGCAACACCCAACAAGUAUUAUCGGUUGCCAAGUGAGGAGGGAGCCCCCCAACUCCACCGAACGAUACACACGGUGGAUCAACCAGCUGGCGCCCGACCAGCUGCUCACCCAGGUGUUUACUUCCAACGGCCCCACCGUGAUCAUGCCCACCUGGUUCUGCUCCCGAGCCUGGUUCUCCCAUGUGGGCCCAUUUGACGAAGGUGGGCGGGGUGUCCCCGAGGACUUGCUGUUCUUCCACGAACACCUGAGGAAGGGCGGCGGGCUCGUCCGCGUGGACCAGAGCCUCCUCCUCUACCGCUACCACCCCGGCGCGGCCACACACUCCGUCCUCGAGACCACCAUCUGGACCCACCGCGUCCGCUUCCUGGAAGAGUGGGCCCUGCCCCACUGGGCAACCUUCACCAUCUGGAACGCAGGCCGGCAGGGCCGCCGGCUCUACCGCAGCCUGACGGCAGGGUCACGGUGCAAGGUGGUCGCCUUCUGCGACGUGGAUGAGAACAAGAUCAAGAAGGGCUUCUACUGCUACGAGGACUCUCAGGAAAGGCCCAAGCCCCGGGUCCCGGUCCUGCACUUCCGAGCCGCACAGCCACCCUUUGUCAUCUGCGUGAAGCUGGACCUCACAGGGGGCGCAUUUGAAGACAAUCUGAGGUCGCUGCACCUGCAGGAGGGCCGGGAUUUCCUUCACUUCAGCUGACAGACCCAUGGCAGCUGCUCCCAGCUGUACUAGCUUCAGUCCAGCCGAGGCGAACUGUCUUCUCUCAGCUCGAUGAGGAUCUCAUUCCAGUGUUAAGUCCACUGUUGCCAUCCAAGAGGGGCAGCUUCCCGGACCACCAAGUCUCCCAGCAGUUCCGCUGCAACGUGUCCAGACGUGAGCUUGUCCUGUUGGGGAUCUUGCUUCUAUCACCAACUAUGUGGCACCAUCUCCCGAGACCCCAGGUGCACACAGGGCAGGUUCUCUGCUGUCUCUUGACGUUUUCAUAUUUUCCAGUUGUUUUUCUGGAUAAAAUUCCUUCAGAUCUU